AAAAAUAUUAACCUUUUAGGCUUAUACGUUUUUACCCAUAAACUAAUGUUUUUCACGUUGCUGCUGUAGGUCAGCUGACUACAUUACCCAUAAUGCCAUUGUUUACGUGUGGACAGGUCGCUUUCACUUAGCCCUGUGCUCUCCUGCUUCUCCUCAGCGUGAUUCGUGUAAUAAUGCAGCCCUAUCUUACUGUAACCUUUAGCUUCAAAAUGAACCACUUGUUUGUCUGAAUCGUCGUGGUCUACAAAAGGAGCAAACGUUAACAUGAAAUGGAGAUAACCCGUGCCAGGCCGUCCCUGUACGGAGAAAUAGCGCAUGGUCUUGGAUUCUGGACCGACCGGUCUGCAGUGCAUGAGGCUGCUGCACAGGGCCGAGCCCUCCAGCUGCAGCAGUUAAUCGAGGGAGGUGCAGCAGUUAACAUCGUGGCAGUGGACUCCAUCACCCCUCUGCAUGAGGCAUGUAUACAAGGACAGACCCAAUGUGUCAGACUGCUGCUGGAUGCUGGUGCACAGGUGGAUGCUCGUAAUAUCGACGGCAGCACUCCGCUGUGUGAUGCCUGUGCAGCAGGUAGCCUGGAGUGUGUGAAAUUGCUGUUGGAGUAUGGCGCAACAGUGAAUCCUCCACUGUUUACCUUCUCGCCGCUUCAUGAGGCUUGCAUGGGAGGUAAUUCAGAAUGUGUUCAGCUCAUGAUUGAUCAAGGAGCUUUCAUGGAGGCUCAUGACUGUCACUACGGCACACCGCUCCAUGUAGCAUGUGCCAGGCAACAUUAUGACUGCGCCAAAGUUCUCCUCAAUUCAGGGGCAAAUGUGAAUGCUGCCAAGUUCCAUGAGACGGCCCUUCAUCAUGCAGCUAAAAUGAAGAAUGUGGACUUGAUUGAUCUUCUUGUGGAGUUUGGGGGGAAUUUAUACGCCAGGGAUAACCUGGACAAAAAACCAAUCCACUACACCGGCCUGGGGUCUCCCUCUCACCUUUGCCUGGAGUUCUAUGAGAAUACGCCCCUCAGUCUGCAGCAGAUCAGCAGACUGGCUUUGAGAGAGUCCCUCGGAACAAGAGCUCAGCAAGUCGUUUCCAAGCUGGACCUGCCCAACAGCAUCAUACGUUUUCUUUCUUACAUACCACCUCCAGUAAUUGACAUUUAAUUUCAGGAAUUUACGAUGCAGCACUUUGCACAUUUAAAAAAAAAAAGAGUGUCUUCUGGCUCUCUGCUGGAUCCCUUUUCUGCUAAGUCACAACGAGAUUUCCAAUUUGGUAGACGUGCUGCACAGAUGGCACCACCAAACCAGUAGCGUAAAGAGAAAAUGUCAAAAUUGAAAUGAUAACACAGUUAUCCAUCGCAAGAGCACAAUCUGUUUAGGAACCGCAAGAUAACCAGCAUAUGAAAACAUCUGCUUUUAUUUUAUUGUUCUAUUUAACCUUUGUUUUACCAGGAACAUUUUCACUAUGAAAAAACAAAAUCAGCAGCAUGAAAAGUUUCACAUGCAGAACAAACAACAGAGCGUUAACAAGGAGAAUUACCAUUGGACUAUAAAUUAACAGCAGUCAGCAGUGAGCCGUGUAUACACUGAUCAAAUGAUCAUGAAUGUUCAGACAGGUUGGGGGUAAUCUUUAAGUAAACGCCUGCCUACACACAGGUUCAGCAGACACAGAGUAACACAAGAAUUCCUAGUGAGUUCUGAUUAUGGACACAAGGAAAUGAAUGACUAUAAGAAAGUUUAGUCCAAUAUUUACCUAUAAUUUUGUCCACAGUCUCUUCAUUUACUUAAACUCUGCUACACACGGGAAAAUCACGCUUUUAUCUUCUUCGUUUUGCUGCAAACCAUUUUACUCGGAACUCAAAAAAACAACCUUGGAGAGGAAAAGUGUAAAGGAAUUUAAUUCAAGUUUUAAAUUCCAAGUCACAAAAUUUCAGCGAGAUCCAUUUGGCCAAUGAGCGCAAAUAUAAACGCACCUGCAUCAUCGGACUAAAGCGUCACACCAUGAACAGAUCAGAAUUAACUUUCCAAGAGUGAUGUCUGGACUUUGAAGUUGCCAUUUUAUUCAGCUUGUCUUUGAUAAAUAGUCUUUGGGAGCAAGCUGUACUAACUUACUCCUCCUGUUUAUUUUAGAACGUACUGCUCUGUCAGAUUGUUUGCUGUUGUGUUGGAAUGAGGUCCUGCAAACAGUACCUUGCUGCUGGAAUCCAUGUUUUCCUGCAUAGAUGUAGUGACAUUCAAAUUGCAAGUGGGAAUAUCAGCUGGGAACUAUCAGCUUUAUCCAACGGAUGCAGAAAUACUACAUGGAGCUGAAUGUACUCGUAUAACUGCCAGCUGUAUCAGAGCCUUUAACUGUUGAUUUUCUGGAGGCAUGAGCUACACUACAGAUCACUUUGAAUCAAUCUGGAGUUUUAAGUCAGUAUUAACAUCUAGAAGCAUGCUUGCUCAUAAUGAAUACGUGUGAAUGUACAAUGUUUGUAACAGUUUGUUGAACCCAAAGGGACCACAAAGUAGUCUGAUUACAAGGACUUCGUAUUUGUAUAUUUUCUGUAACUAUUGAUGUACAUUUGUAAAUAAUACAGAUGGUUCUACCUCUAUGACAUUAGUGUAAAUAAACGGGACUGUUUAAAAAGAUU